CAGUGUGCCAGUAGACAACUGGGAUGCACAGACAGCUGCCAUUUCUCUCUUCUUCCUCUUACGUUUCUCUCCUGCACUGCCUCCCUCACCUCCUCUCAACUUUUCUCUUUCCUUCCGUCUGCUUUUGGCCCUGAGGCGAAUAUAAAGGGCAGGUCCUGUUGGAGAGCGCUUGUGUAAUCUUGGCUGCACAUGACCACUGGAGACUUUCUUUGCCUGCCUCAGCUGCAAAAGCUCACUCGGAGGAGCUCUCGGCGGUCAGAGGACAAACUUGAAAGAAAAAAAAAAAACGAGAAGGAAGAAGUUGGAAUUAAGGUGCAGGACCUCGAUGCGGACCAUGCCGGGCUCUGGGGUGCUGCUGCUGUCCCUGUUGCUGCUGUCUACAGGAAGUGAUGGCAAAAAAAUCAAGAAGCGAGGACUCAACCAGAAGGACUACGAGUACCCCAACCACCCGCAGUCUACACAGCACCAGAAGAAUGAUCGCUGCCCACCACCCCCUCAGAUGCUCCCUGAGAGGGCCUGUGAGGUUCCAGGCUGUCGCUCAGACUCUGAGUGUGAGCGCCACAAGCGCUGCUGCUACAACGGCUGCAUCUAUGCCUGCCUGGAGUCUGUUCAGCCUCCACCAGUCCUUGACUGGCUCGUGCAGCCUAAGCCUCGGUGGCUGGGAGGUAACGGCUGGCUACUAGACGGUCCUGAGGAGAUGCUGCAGGCUGAGGCGUGCAGUACAACAGAGGACGGUGAUGAGCCUCUCCACUGUCCUACAGGCUACGAGUGCCACAUCAUAAACCCAGGAAACCCUGCCACUGGCAUCCCCAACCGGGGACAAUGCAUCAAGCAGCGUGCCAACUCUGAUGGACGGGGGCUGAGGCAUAAAUUUUUCAAGGACUACUUAGGUUCCAGUGCAAACAAUGCAGUAGGCUACGAGAAACAUCACAAGCACCUGGGAUAAACCACAUACAGUGUACCCUUUUAUUUUUUCUUGCUUUCCUACCACACUUUACGUUUUAUGUUCUAAACUUUCAAAUUAAUUUGACAUAAGCUCCACCACUUGCGAUCAUGUUCAAGCUAUUUUUUAAUCACACUUGAGUCAGAAGAGAUCAGAAGCUGCUACCUCCUCUGCUCUCCUCAAACAAUUUGAACCUCAAAUGCGUUAUUGUCUCACAUCCAAAGAAAGAUGGUGCUUUUACCAAUACAUCACCUCUGAGUACAAGAGGAAAGAAGUAGCGAGUGCAUCAAGGCUGCUUGCCAAAUAUCUCAAAAGGACAGGAGAAUAUUCAUAUUUUUUCCAUUAUCCAUGUAUCUUUCAACGUAACAAUAAUCAGCUUCAAACAAUUAAUUGCGUGAAUGGCAUCUUGUCGAAAAAACAUUUGUGAUGAGCAUAACAACUGAUGACAUGAAAUCAUUUGUUGAUUCAUCAUGCCUUAAAGUAUAUGAGGCAAAAUGGAGUGCACUACUUGGCUGCAACCAGCAGAGGUAUGGAAGAAAAUAUGUGCCACCAGGAUUUGAAUUGAAAAUGCCACUGAAAAUGUUAGAUCAUAAAAUUCACAUUGUUAUUUUAAAGUGAUCACAUGUUCAGUAGCUGUAUUUCAGUUUAACUUUUCAAUGUUAACAAAUUGACCAUAUAAAAAAAAAUCAACCUUUGAAAUUCAAACGCAAUACUUCAGUUUCCUGAGAUUAAACUGGCUAUAAUUUGCUGUCUGAAAUUCACCGUCUAAAUUCAGCGUUAAGAAGGCAGGGUUACUUCAGGUUAGAACCCAACACCCAGCCAAUCCAGUUACGGUUUCUUAGUCACGUGACGUCACAUACUAAGAAAUAAUUCAUCCAUAAUUCCUCAAAAAAAUUGGAUCAAAUGUCCAUCUCUAUUUAGAAAUCCUCUUCUCCACCUUCCAGUCCCAGAGUCACUUUAUUAGUCAGCAUGUUGGCCGAAUCACAGCAAAACUACAUAGUUCUACCUUGAAUACCCAAACUCACCAAUUGGAUGGUUUCGAUUUGUAAGUGAUAAACAGCAAUAUAUAAUAUAAUAUUGUUUGUGAGAGUCCAUCUGCCUUGCAAGGUUAAAGUUUUAAGGCUGGUCAGUUAGCAAAAAAAAAAAAAAAAUACCAUCUGGUUUCAAAACAUUUUCUUCCACGCCGAAGGCCAAAUUUCCUGCCCUGAAACCUGGAAUGUUCUAUUGACAAACUGAACAUUUCCACAUGUGAUAGUUAAAGCUUUAGAUCUUUGUAAAUGACAGUGACUGAAUAUAAUACAACACAUUACGAAUCACAAAUGAAAAGAAAAAUAACAGUAUGUGGACUUGAAUUGCUUAACCAGUGUAACGUUACCUAUCAACUGGCCUGAAAACAGACAAAUGUGAUGGUGCUUCAUUGAUGCUGCUCAGGUUCUUUCUGCCUAUAAUAAUUAACAGCAGAAUAAGCUGGUUUCCAAUACAAAUGCACAAAACAAGAUGAAUGUGUUGAACAAAAGCCGUAACAACCAUGAACUCUGUGGUGCUGCCUUGUUUUACCGAAUAAAACACAACGGGAAAUAAAAAAAAAAAAAACA